AUGGCGAAGUUUAUGAGUCACUUUGCUGCUAAACCCCAGGGUCCCUGUAUAUAUUAUAUAUCUAUCUUAUUCUUUAUUUUAAAAAUCAGGAACAAAAACUCAAGAGGGCCUGUGACAACACAACCAACUCGCGCUAGUGGUGUCACAACCACCAUCACAACCAUCAUGCGUACUGGAGGCAACUGGUCCACUGGGCUGUUUGAUGUCUGCAGCGACAAAAGAGUCUGUGUGUGUGGUUCACUGUGCAGCUUGUGUCUGGAAUGCAGUAUUGCAAGCCGAUUCGGGGAGUGCUUUUGUUUCCCUCUGCUGAUGGGUUCCACCUUGGCCUUGAGAGUUGGCACCAGGGAGAGUCACAAAAUACGUGGAACCCUGUGUGAAGACUGGAUGGCAGUUCAUUGUUGCUGGCCUUUUGCAGUCUGUCAAAUGGCCCGGGAAAUGAAGAGGAGACCUACAUUCCAGGUCUACGAAACACACACAUCUCCUCCUCCUCCAGUUGAAGAUGCCCUUGUUUGA